AUGGAGAACAUCCAACGACUCGUCCGCCGUCGUGGCGCAGCGAAAGGUAAGGUGUCUCGCAUUCUCAAUACUAUCCGCCCAAAUGGAGAUGAAGUGGUUCAGCUAACGGAAGCUGAGGUAAAGGUCUAUAUGACGAAAUUGGAAGCAGCGUAUAAGGACUACAAUGAUGCACACGAUAAAAUCAUGGAUGUAGUAGUGGACGAUGAAUACGAACAGCAUGUGCCACAGUACGAGGAGUUCGAUAUUCUUCACGACACUGUUUCCAUUUUGUUGGAGGAGCAGCUCAACAAGAUUAAAGCAGCUACGGCGGUCAUUGAUGCUGCCACAAACGUAGGGCGUAGUAAUCAAAACCAGCAAGCACCGAUUGUUGUGCAUCAACCGCUUCGUAUGCCGGUUCCCACAUUCGAUGGCCGUUAUGAGAGCUGGCCAAAGUUCAAGGCUAUGUUCAAAGAUCUCGUGGACAAGGGUCCAGAUCAGCCGGCUGUUAAGUUAUACCAUCUGGAUAAGGCUCUGGUUGGUAGUGCAGCGGGUCUUAUCGACGCCAGGACGAUCAACGAGGGCAAUUACGCUCAUGCGUGGCAAAUAUUGGAAGAGAGGUUCGAAAAUAAUCGUCACGCUAUCGACUCUCAUAUUCAUGGCUUGCUGAACCUUAAACGCAUGACGAAGAAGAGCCAUUUGGAGUUACGGAGUUUGGUGGAUGAGUGCAGCAAGCAUGUGGAAGGCCUUAAGUUUCUGGAGCGGGAGUUCGAGGGAGUAGGAGAGGAUUUCGUCAUCCAUCUGUUGGCUGCAGCAUUGCACAACGAUAUACGCCACAUGUGGGAGUCCACUAUAAAACACGGUGAGCUCCUGAUUACGAUGAGAUGCUGA